GAAAAAAAAAAAAAAUUAUUGGCAUUAAGACAGAUACCGAGUGUAGUUGGAGAAAGAACGGCAGAUGGGAAGAAAAACACAGAAAUGAUUUUGCUCAUUUCAUUUUAUUCUUUCUUUUAUUUUACAAAUGUGUGGUUCAUAUUCUAUUUUUAAUUUCUAGCUGAUGAUCUUACUUGCAAGUCUCCAUCACCUAGCAUAGUACUCUUUAAGCAAACCCUCUUUUAAAAACUUUUAAGUAUGGUUCAUGACUACUGUACUCAUCUCCGUUGGCUUGCUAUUAUGGACAUUUCAAUCUGCUGGAAGCUUUAGUUGGCAUUUCAUUUUCUUUUUGUUUGGGAAUUUGAGAAGAGAAUUACACAUAUAUACAUAAUUGCAACUGAAACUGCAAUAUGGGAUUUCUGCAACUUUUGGUAGUGGCGUUAGUCCCAGUUCUAGAAGUUCUAGUGAUUACUGGAAUUGGAUUAUUGCUUGCAAUGGACCGUGUAAAUCUCCUUGGUUCCAACUCAAGACAUAGUUUGAAUAAUCUUGUAUUCUAUGUGUUCAGUCCUGCGCUGGUGAUUAGUCAACUUGGUGAAACUGUUACUUUAUCAAGUUUAGCUUCCUUGUGGUUUAUGCCGGUCAAUAUUCUGCUCACAUUUGUUAUUGGAUCUUUGCUUGCUUGGAUUCUUAUUAAGAUCACUCGAACUCCGCCACACCUUCAAGGCCUUGUAAUCGGUUGUUGCUCUGCCGGAAACUUGGGAAACUUACUUCUAAUUAUUGUUCCAGCAGUCUGUGAAGAGUCAAAUAGUCCAUUUGGAGAUUCAUCUGUCUGUUCUACUUAUGGAAAAGCUUAUGCUUCCCUUUCUAUGGCGGUGGGAGCUGUAUACAUAUGGACCUAUGUGUAUUUUAUUAUGCGAAUAUAUGCUGAAAAGAAUACAGAGACAAAUGAUGAAACUGAAGCACAAACAUUUCCUGAGAGUUGCACAGAAUCACUGCUUCAUUCUAAGGACCAUUCAGAUGAAGAUGAAGUUCCAAUAACUACAUCUGCAGGAAAAAUAUCAUUUAUGGAGAGAGCAUUUCAGCAAAUUAAGGAUUUUGCAGGAAAGAACAACUUGAAAAUGGUUUUUGCACCGUCUACAAUAGGAGCGAUUGUCGGGUUUACUAUUGGGAUAGUCUCGCCAAUCCGAAAGUUGAUGAUUGGGAGUGAUGCUCCUCUUCGAGUGAUUGAUAGUUCUGCAUCUUUGCUGGGGGAAGCAUUAAUUCCAGCAAUGACAUUGAUAGUAGGAGCAAACCUUCUUAAAGGUUUAAGAAGAUCAGGAGUUAGUGUAGGGGUGAUUAUUGGAAUUAUAGCAGUCAGGUAUAUUUUGAUGCCUCUGUCGGGUAUCGGUGUUGUUAAAUUAGCACACCAUUUUGGUAUGGUCGGAUCAGAUUCUUUAUAUCAGUUUGUUCUUCUUCUUCAAUAUGCACUUCCGCCCGCAAUGACUGUAGGCAUUAUCGCGCAACUGUUCGAGGCCGGAGAGAGUGAAUGUUCAGUGAUAAUGCUGUGGACUUAUGUUGUGGCUGCAUUUGCUCUUACCCUUUGGUCUACCUUCUACAUGUGGCUUCUUGGUUAAUUUUUUUGCAUUUGAUUGAGUCGUGUAUGAAUAAAUACAUUGAGCUAUUUACAUGGGCUGGGCCGAAGCUUGGGGCAACUGCCUCCCAAAACUAAAGAAAAGGAUAGAAAAUUACAGUUAUUCCCUUGAAAUAUAAAAAAAUUAUAUUUUUAUCCCCAAAAGUAUAAAAAGUUUCUUUCGGCUCAAAAUUGAUGAGUCCAGCAA